GAGACCACGCCCACACUGCGAAACCUCAUUUCCGCUGGUUUCUUAGCGACCCAGAGACGCUGCCGUUUGUUGGUUUCUGUCUGUUUCGGUGUGCAGCAGGUUGCAGAAUGUCUGAAGUUGAAGAAACAUUGAAGAGGAUUCAGUCCCACAAAGGAGUUAUUGGAACUAUUGUGGUCAAUGCAGAAGGCAUUCCAAUUAGGACAACUCUGGAUAACUCCACCACGGUGCAGUAUGCCGGUCUCCUACACCAGCUGUCCAUGAAAGCCAGAAGUACAGUGAGAGAUAUCGACCCACAAAAUGACCUAACAUUUCUCAGAAUAAGAUCUAAAAAACAUGAAAUAAUGGUUGCUCCAGAUAAAGAAUACCUACUGAUCGUCAUCCAGAACCCAUCAGAAUAGAGACUAGGAUGUAGACCUCUUAUUGGAACCAAUUUAUUAGAUUCUUUUUUUGGAUGCAAGGAAAGUGUUUGCCCGUUUUCAUGACAUUUUUUGUGACUAAUUGCAAUAUAUAAUUUGUAUUGGUAACAAUGGAGUAAAGGUUAAUAAAGUAUUUAUAGUCA